AUACAAGCUUCUUACACACUGUCAAUAAGAAAGUGAUUAACACAUGAAAUCUGUUACAUAUAGCCCCUUUACAACACAAAAUGACAUAACACUCCCUGAUGUUUAUGUUAGCGUUAACUUAUUUUUAUAUAUAUAUAUAUAAAUAUUUGUUAUAUUAUUAACUAAGUUGUCUGGGUUAGAGACAGCAGUGGUCUCAUAAUUUUUUUCCCUCAUUUAAGUUUGUUGCAGUAAGGAGCAGCAAGUUAGAGUUAACUAUAGACUGAUUAAGUUGCCUGUGUGAAAACAUUUGUCAUGCUCAUACAUGUUUGAGCAGUUUGGUGUUAUUCCAGGAAGUCAAAAGUCAAAUGGGGAAGUGAGAGACAGAGUAUAUUUAAUCUUAUACUAUCCUUCAAAGACUGUGUGUGUGUGUGUCCUCUCUAUAUAUUUACUAAUUUCCUAAUAUUCAUUUGACAUACAUUAUUUCAUUGCAUUUUCUGUUAUUGUUUGAUGUCAUGUUGUGUGCUGUUGUCUUCACAGCAGUAAGGAAUAUUUCCUUCUCAACAUUUUCAGCAUCACAGUCUGUAAAGCAGGAAUUUUCAAUUAUCUUUCUUUUCUUUUUUUUUUUACACUUUAUUGUGCUAUGAAAGCUAUUUGAUAAAAUCAUUUUGCUCUUCUCCUGUCCCUGUCUGGAACUGAUUUAUAACUUUUUGUUGAGGAGUAGAAGUUGUCUUGUCUUGGUACGGUGCCAGAUGUUCCAUUAACAUUAACAUAUUGUCAAUUGUUCUUAUGUAAGGAAAAUUAAAAGUGGAAGAAAUUGAACAACAUGAAUUCUCAUUUCAAUGGCAGCAAAAUAUGUGGUUAUUCAUGUAUGUGCAGUAUGUCUUCCCCUUGUCUCCACCCUCAGCAAUACAGCAGGAUAUAUAAAUGACACGAGUGUGUAUAACUGUAAAGGACAUCAGUGAAUAUCAACACAAGACUGGAGUGUGACAGUGAUGGUCUUCUGUGGGAACACAUUCAAUCCAGCGAUAACCAUGAGUUUCGGACUUUCAUCCAGCAAACUGACUCUAAUUCAUCAAGGUCCUCCGAAACGAUUUCGUCUAGACACAAAGAGAAGAGUGUUUGAUGAAAGUGGGAAAGUCAGAAAAUGGACUUAUGGGAAAAAGGACACCAGUAAACAAAACAAAAUUGUUCUGCUGGUGGGAGAGACUGGAGCUGGCAAGACGACUCUCAUCAACACCAUGGUCAACUACUUACUGGGAGUGAAGUUUGAGGAAACAAUAUGGUAUGAAAUCACAGAAGAAGAAGCUGGAGACCAAUCAGAAUCACAAACCUCUGAAAUAACCAUGUAUGAGGUCUAUUGUGUAGAGAGUCCCAUAUCUCUCACCAUCAUUGAUACUCCAGGCUACGGAGACACUAGAGGACUGGAAAAAGAUCUGAAAGUUGCUGCAAAUUUAGCCACUCUGUUUCAGAGCAGUGAUGGAGUUCGUGAAGUUGAUGCCGUGUGUUUCGUGAUUCAAGCAUCUAAGAAUCGUCUCUCAGACAGACAGCAUUACAUUAUCAGUUCAAUUCUGUCUUUGUUUGGAAAAGACAUUAUGAACAACAUUGUGUUUUUAAUCACACAUUCUGAUGGUAUGGCACCCAAAAACAUCCUCAGUGCCAUCAAUAAAGUUAAAAUCCCCUGCAGAAGAGACAAAAGCGGCCAACCUGUUUAUUUCUUAUUCAACAAUCGGCAGGCUGAAGCACAAAACAAUGAGAGCCUUUACCUUCGUGCUCAAAGAGAUGCUUGGGAAAGCUGCAUGGCAGAGAUGAAGCGAUUUCUUCAGUCUCUGGAUGAAAAGAACAGAAGAAGUUUAGAGUUGACUUUAGAUGUCCUCAUUGAGCGCAUUCAGUUAGAAGUGUCCUUCUGCAACUUAAAGAUGCGAGUUGAAGAGAAAGAGUCAAGGAAGUCUGAAAUACUUCAGAUUCAGAAGGCAAUGAGAGAAAACAAGGAAAAAAUUGAGACUUACAAAACUUGCACUAUUACAGUCAAAAAGACAGUCAAAGAGAAGGUGCCCAUUGAAAGUGCUUCAUGGAAGAACAGGAAGGUGACGACCUGCACCGUCUGUGAGGAGAACUGUCAUGAGUUUGACUGCUGGUGGGUUUCUGAUCUCAGCAAAUGUGAAGUCAUGAAAAAUGGUUUCUGCACUGUGUGCACUGGGAAGUGUCAUCACAGCAAACAUGUCAAAGAAAGCAAGAAAUACAUCAUCAGCACCUUGAGCAUGUCAAUGGAUUUUGAUAAUAUUAAAAGAGAAUAUAAAAUUUCCCAAGAAGAGCCUAAUAGGUUUUCUGUUAUAAUGGAUGAUCUUGACAAAAAUCUGCAGGAGCUUGAGGAUCAAAAGUUAAUUCUUCUGUUCAAUGCUUACAAGAACAUCAAGCAUCUGUCUCAGAUCGCAUUAAAACCAGACUCUGCCUUCACUCUUCAGCAUCUCGACUUCUUCAUCCCCAGAGUGAAGGAGGCUGGGAAAGAAAACUGGGUCCGAGAGCUUGAGGAAAUGAGAAGAACCGCUGAAGCUGAGGAAGCAAAUAAAGAUGCUCUGAGUUACCUUAAAGCUGGUCUGACAAAACUUUUCCUUGGUGUGAAAGUUGGAGAAGACGAGAUGAAGCAAUGAAAAUAAAUAAGACUGCUUAAAAUUACAAAUCAAUGCAGGUGACAUUCUGUACAUCUGAAAAUGAGAAAUUUCCUUUAAUCGCGUUUGGUCUCGUUCUGUAUCAUGUAUCUUGUCAGUGUCUGCUCUUGCUUGGCCAUUUGUUGUGACAAAAUAAGGAAAGUGUGUCCAGCAGUGUUGGCAGUGUUAUUUUUAAGGAUUACUGAUAAACUACUGUCGUUUGAUUUGAUUUGUAUUUUAGUUAAAAUAUGUCUGAAUUUAUUAUGUCUGUAUAGGUCUUUUAUUAAGUUUUAGUUUUAAUUUUAAUAUUAAUUUUAAUAUUUCAACAAACUAAAUGGAAAUGAAAUAAUAUAAAUAUUGAAUUUAUAAAUAUGUGCGCGCGUGUGUGUGUGUGUGUGUACGUAUGUAUGUAUAUAUAUAUAUAUAUAUAUAUAUAUAUAUAUAUACACACACAUACAUUUGUGUAUGUAUGUGUGUGUGGUUGUACAUACACAUGUAGUUUUUUUUGGUGUUCAGCUUAGUGUUAUGUUAGAAUCAUUAUUAUACUCUUGUUCUUUAAUAUUUUGAAUUGUUUUUAGCUUUAUUUGUUGUUUUUCAUUUAAAUGUUAAAGGGGUGGUUUACUGCUUUUUUUCUUUGCUUGAUUGUGUUUAUGGGGUGCAAUAUAACAUGUCUUCGUGUUUCGUUUGUUAAAAAACGCCUUAUUUUUCAUAUAUUUCACCUUUAUUGUAAGCCGCUUUCUCCUCUGUCAUUUGAACGCCCGGUUGACUUCCUGAUUCUAUGAAACCACUCCCUCAGAAACAGGCGAUGGGCUCAGAUUGGUUAGUUGGGCCGAUGUGUUGUGAUUGGCUAAACUGCGUACUGCACAUUGUCCAGAAACUUCACGCCCAUUACCUUUACGGGCGACAGCUGCAUGUGCUGCGGUCAAAUGUAAAUAAUGGUGUCAAUAUUGCCGUAUCAGUUUGAGCCAGAAUCAGACCCAGAAAGCGGUAAUGAAGAGAGUCAAGCAGAACUUCCGCAAGCACGGCUCUUAUAAAACGUUUCUGAAUGGAAGUUUGCUGUUGUGAUUACAUAUCAUUUAGUACACGUUUGUCUUAUACACACAAAAUAGCAUCGAACUAAUUGGCCACUAUAACCAAACAGCGUUGGCUUGUUUACGUUCUUGAUCAAAUCGAAAAAUUACGUCAUAAAGUAUACAUGGAAAAUACAUUUACAAAAUUAGUACAUAAUUACAAAUUCGGGUCCAAAAUGUUUGUACGCGCUUGUCAUAGACACACGAAAUAGCAUCGAACUAACUAGCUACUAAAGCCAGCAUUGGUAUUUGUUUACGACCUUGAUAAAACUAAAACAUUACGUCUGAAAUUAUACAUGCAAAUACAUUUAAAAUGAUUAAAUCUUACUUACAGGUUGUGGCCCAACAACUGCUGCCUCUGGUUUUAAAGUUGGAACCGCUCCAUGUUUUAGUAAUAGUUUCUGUGUGAAUCCGGCAUUGAACUCGUGUAGAUUCUGGAAGCUGUCUUCCGUAAAAUGCGCAGCACAGAGAGCUAAAUUAGGAUUGUAAUUGUCAGGAACAUAAUCAAACAUAAAUUUUAACCAUUGUUGACGAACUACAGCGUCCGUAGGAAGCCCAAACAUAGAAGACCUGACAGCUGGGUGAAAAUAACACCGUUUCGACGGCAUGGCUACAACUCUCCACUAUAACUCUUCCUCUUCAACAAAGCCGCAGAACAUGGCCUUGCCCCCUCUUUGGCAUGUUCCGGAGGGAGGGGUUGAUGGGUUUAUUACGUAUGCAACCCGGGAAGUAUCUCGUUGUAGUCCCGUAUGAGUCGUUUUUGUAGGCAUUAAACUUCCUGAUUUUUAAAAGACGAUAUCUCCGCUUACAUUGAACUUGCAGCGCAGCAACUUUGCAGAUACUGUUCAUGCACCAACAGCAACAUUAAACACUUUUUAAAAUGAAAAAAGUGAAAUCGCAGUAAACCACCUCUUUAAGUUUUGAAAUUUUGUUGUAUGCAUUUGUCAUUUUUAUUUCAUUUCUUUAUUUUUUUUUAAAUGUGUAUAGGUAGUAUUUAUAAAGUUUUAGCUUUUAGUUUUGGAUCUGUUUUUAGUUGUUUUAAUAAUACAAAUGAUUGCUUCUGUUGUCCUCAUUUGUAAGUCGCUUUGGAUAAAUAAUAAUCAUAGUAUCAAGCUGUUUUAGUGUUUAUUUAAAAGGCAAGCCACUCCAAUCCAAUCUGUUAGUUUACGAACUGUUGUAAUAAAUUAAUAUCAGUAAAUUUGUGGCGUACUAGAUGAUAGCUGUAACAGAAAAUUUUGCAUCUGGAUGAUUAUGUGUUUAACCUUGAACUCUUCUAUAUUUUAUCUUCAUCAGUUGCUGAAGUCUUUUAUUAUUUUUAUUUUAUUUUAUUUUUUUACUUUUUUGUCUUUAUUCUUAUUUCCAUCAUAUUGUCUGUCUUUCUCUACAUAAAAAUUAUUGUUUA